AUUUACAUCUUUGCCAGAGCACCCGCUCAUCUAGUCGGAACACAAAAGAUUUAACCCAGUUUAACAGAUCUUACAUUUUCACCAGAGCACCCGCUCGUCUAGUCGGGUGGUUAGAUCCAAAUACUGAAAAACCG